UUGUUCCAGACCUUAGUUGUGUUCCGGGUAAUAAACACAACCAAAGAUAUGUGCAAUAAGCACACAUCUGGAUAAACAUUGUAAAUCUUUAGCUCGCUACUAGACCUUUUUAGAAUGUUAUCGAUUGGUUUAUGAAGAAAAAAAUUAUACCUCCUGUUAGGACAAAGAUAAAGAUCCCCAGAUUUUACAGUUCAAUUCUUAUCCAGUUCUCCUUUAGUUUUCGUUGUUGUCAAGAGCAACGCCUUCUGUACUAGCUCGAGAAUGCAGCAUUCGUUACAGAAUCCUAUGUCUUUGGAGGAAUCUCGGAGGUCACAGCGCCCGUAUCAGUACGGGAUGGUCCUCCUGUGCAUCGGAGCCCUUAUAAACUGGUUGGGUCUGGCAGAGAAUUACGUCGAGCCGGUACGAUAUGUCGGUGUCGCCUGCAUAGUCGCCGGGGCUCUUCUCAUUUGCGCCGCGAUGUGCUGCUGGCUGCAUGCGCCGCCAACUAGAACGAGCACGCAUAUGCAACACACGAAUCAUCCGAUCACGGCACAGAUCGACGACCCGAUCCACGUGAUCUCCAUCGAGGAGCCGUCCAGCAUGUCGAGACAGAAGCCACCGGAUUACGAGGCGGUAACGGACGCGCCACCAAGCUACGAUGACGCUAUCAAGCUGAAUCCUAGUCAAUUAGUCAGGCUAAGCAAUGGAGGCACACCGCCGUUAUCCUCAGGACAAAUUAUCCCGACGACCAUCGCCAUCGUUUCUCCAACCCUCACGCCGCCACCGCCGUAUGCGAGGUGAGAUCACAAGGCUGGGAAUAGAGACCACAAUGAAUAUGGAGGUUCGCAGCGCGUCGGAGAACCGAUGUAUUGUCGUCUACUGCGAAGAGCGAUCGGCAAUGCGAUUAAAUCAGUGCGAUCGCACGACGAUUCCGUUGUUCGAUCUCGUCAUUGCGAGACAUUGCGUGAUCGAACGUGCAUUUAGCGGCGUAAGACGCGAUCUUGCCAGGGGUGGAUCUUUGAGACAUUUGAAGAUCGUUCAACACCUUCACGAGGAAGAAUCAAACGAGGAUCUCUCUGCGACAUUUUUAACUGUCGACUGCUUAAAUUAUUAAUCAUCGGACAGUGUGAAUCGUUGGUACCGACGUUCACUCGGCUCUCGGGACCGUAAACUCUUCCUUUGUACGUUAUAAGUUUCAUUAUGUAUAAUCGGAAGAAAACGAGGCAUCAUUUCACUAGAGUUCAUCGAAGACGGCCUAAAGAUCUACGGCUUUUCUAGUUUUCAUUUACGUCACGAUUCCCGAUUUCCCUAAUUCCUCUCAUUUGCGUGAAAGUUCGACAGAUAUUCCGUGAAGUUGUGCGCUCAGAGAGACGAUGCAUAAUAACGUAUCGGCAUUCAAUGUACAAUUGCAAACUUGUAUACUCGAACGGUGGCUACAUAUUCUUCCAAAUGAAAUUGUGCAGCACUCCUGGUUGUCACGAUUGAGAGACACUGUUGACGCACGUUUGCGAGGUAAUAAAGGGAUAUAUUUAAACCUUUAAAGUGUACAAGCUCGUAAUUUAAACUACGGCAGGAUAAUGAUAUUUAAAUGUUAUGUUAAUCAAAUUUAUUUUCAAGCCCUAUACUACCAUUUCAACUCCUGUCAUAAUUGAUUACAACGCGCAAACGCGUCAGCGGUAUCUCUUAAUUUGUGAUAAGCGCUGCACAACUUUAUUCAUAAAAAUAUGUGGCCACCGUUUAGUACAGAUUUACAUGCUUUUUAUUUCGUUCGUUUUUUUUACAUUUACGAACAUAAUCCGAUGAUUAUCUCGACGAGAACGCCGCCAGCAGUCGUCAUCUCACGAUAACUGCGAUUUCUGUAGAUUACUCACUGUGGUUUUGCAACCACGAGUUAUCGAAGCAAGUACUUUCUGCGCUCGGACGUUCCGUUCGUUUCUCGUGGUCGGCGGUUCGAUUUAAUAACGCCAUUUGAGCCGCUCGUCUGAUUGACUGAUUGAUUGAUUCGGAGUGGGUCCGCAGAAAUAACAGAGUCCUAAAUUUAACCCGACGGAACGAACGCGCAACUUCUCUUUCUCCACCUCUCCGAUGAUUGCGUGAUUUUAUUUCAUGUACGAUAACGCGUAUGUAAAAUCGACGGAGUUCCCGCCGAGAAUUCGGUCGUUGUCUGCGUUGUUGAUUCAUCGCGUCUUUCGUCGAGUCUUAUCGGACUCCCAAAUUUCGCUCACGUUACGUCCCGGAAUUCGAGCGGCUCAAUUAUGCACCGCAUUAAGAGUUCGCAUCUCGAGCGGCGCUCGAAAGCGCUCCGCCGGAUAUUCUCACUCCCGGACGUAGUUAGGCAUGCGAUACGCGUUCGAAGAGAAUCGCAUCCCACGAUGAUCCGAAGUAGGAUCAUAGUAAUAGAGCAUUUGCGAACUCAGCUGCGCGCGUGAUUUACUGAAGAACGAUCUUCUCUCUCUCGUGUAUUAUCUCGGUGUCUGUCUCUUUAAAUACGCACACACGCGCGCGCACACGGCAUACUCAUGCGAAAGCCAUUCACACACGUCCAUUUUAUUGUGAUAUACAAUAUUACAUUAUGUAUGUAUGUAUGUAUGUGUAUAUAUAUACAUGUACACACACGCAUAUGUACACACGUGUAGAUAUUACGAAGCAAACACUAUCGAACCUAACGGCGAUGCUUGUAAAGUAAGACUUUUUUUUACAACGAAAAUGCAAAUAUAAUAUACGAAACUUUUUUCUA